GCCAUGCACACUCCAAGCACACACAAAGCAAGAACCUCGAGCUGAUCUACUAGCUACCUAGUACUCUCAUCUUCUUCACUAGCUUUUGCUUGAUCAAUUGCAGCAAUGGCGGCGAAGGCAGCGCUCGUUCUAGCGGUGAGCCUCCUGGUGGUGGCCGUGGCGAGCGCCUGCACCUACUGCCCGGAGCCGCCGACGCCGAAGCCGAAGCCGCCGGCGCCGAGGCCGCCGACGCCCGGCGGCGGCGCCGGGUCGUGCCCGCGCGACGCGCUGAAGCUGCACGUGUGCGCCAACGUGCUCGGCCUCGUGAAGGCCAAGAUCGGCGCGGUGGCGCCGUACGAGCCCUGCUGCUCGCUGCUCGACGGCCUCGUCGACCUCGACGCCGCCGUCUGCCUCUGCACCGCCAUCAAGGCCAACGUGCUCGGCCUCAACCUCAACAUCCCCAUCGACCUCAGCCUCAUCCUCAACAACUGCGGCAAGAUCUGCCCAUCCGACUACCAGUGUGCUUAAUCACAUUGGGACACUGCAGCCGAUCGAUCGAUCGAUCGAUUGACAGUGUGCUACACGUCGUCUACAUGUUUUUGUUGGUUGGUUUACUGUGAGCAGUCUGAACUCUCUGAACUUUGGAAACUGUCUGUUUUGUCUUUGUUUAUGCUUGCAAAGUUUAAUUAGUUCUGGGAAAAAACCAUUGGCCAGUAUGUAUUAUUACAUGUGUAAGUGUUGGUUGUGACCCCGGGUGAUCAGUUUACUGGUCAAUAUAUAUGUAUUUUUUGUGCUUAUGAUCUGUUAUGGUUCAGAUGUCAAUCGAAGUUGCAAUUAGUAUUUUCUUUUGUAAA